AGAAAAGCCUGCGUAUUCUCAUUUGUGAUACAUAUUUUGAGUACCUACAUAAAGUUUGUAUAACGUAAAGCUUCAAAAGUUACAGAAAGAUUCAAUGACCAUUUCAAGUCGUGGAGUUGCCUCGGACGGACGAGGAUAUAACUUAUAAAAACUCGUGAAAGGGUCAAAAGUGUUUGAACCUUCGCCAUGUUGCUCAAAAUUGGGAUUCUUUUAGUUGCCAUAGCCGCAUUGGGAACAAUUCCGGGACGAGCGCGGGGUCACUGGCAUCACGGGCCUCAUCACAACUAUGGCCCACCACACCACGACUAUCAUGGACCGCCACACCCAGGUCCACCAGGACCGCACCACGGACCGCCAGGGCCCCACCACGGACCGCCAGGGCCCCACCACGGACCGCCGGGACCGCACCACCACCCUUGGGAACGCGAUUCUGACGAGUCACCCGAAUGGAGUGGCUCCGAUUCUGAAAUCUCUGGCAGCUGGGAAUCGCCUUGUCAUCAUGAACAUUCAAGACCGCCAAAGCCCACCCCACCACCGAGGCCUCCCAACCCUGAACCCAAUCCAAAUCCUUUCCCACAACCAACUCCUCAACCAUUCCCUAAGCCAACUUUUAAUCCGAAUCCUUUCCCACAACCAACUCCUCAACCAUUCCCUAAGCCAACUUUUAAUCCGAAUCCUUUCCCGCAACCAACUCCUGUGCCUUUCCCAGGACCUAACCCUAAUCCGACCCCUUUCCCGCAACCAACUCCUGUGCCUUUCCCAGGGCCUAACCCUAAUCCGACCCCUUUCCCGCAACCAACUCCUGUGCCUUUCCCAGGGCCUAACCCUAAUCCGACCCCUUUCCCGCAACCAACUCCUGUGCCUUUCCCAGGACCUAACCCUAAUCCAAACCCUUUCCCUAAACCCACUCCUGUACCUUUCCCGCCGCCCACGCCAACGCCGUUCCCUCAACCUACUACUGAGUCUUUCACAAAGUCUACAGUUACGCCAGUACCCGAUCUCCAUGCCUGUAUGCUUACCUGUCCCGUGACACAAGAGUUAAACCCAGUCUGUGGCUCUAACGGCGAGGAGUAUCAAAACCCUGGAAAAUUGAAUUGCGCCAAAUAUUGUGGAGUCAAUGUGGAGCUCGCCAGAUAUGGUAAAUGUCCUACAAACGAAGGGAAAACUUUGAGGCCUCCUCCUCCCCGACCCGAAAGAGAUGUCCAUGCAUGCAUGAGAAGCUGUCCCGUGACGUCAGAGUACAACCCAGUCUGUGGAUCUAAUGGCUUGGAGUACUCCAAUCCUGGUCGGUUGAACUGCGCCAAGAUGUGUGGAGUCAAUGUGAACCUCGUCAGAAGAGGCAGAUGCCCCACAAACGAUGGGAGUACUGUGAGCCCGCCUACUCCCCGACCUGACAGGGAUGUCCAAGCGUGCAUGAGAAGCUGUCCCGUGACGUCAGAGUACAACCCAGUCUGCGGCUCUAACGGCUUGGAGUAUUCCAACCCUGGACGGUUGAACUGCGCCAAGAUGUGUGGAGUCAACGUAGAACUACUCAGAAGGGGCAGAUGCCCGCCGCCAGAGCCUACUUCGAAUCCGAUCACCAACCCUACUCCCCCUGUGACUGUGACGGAGAGCCGAGAGCCGGAGACACGGCCCACGCCACCAACGAUUCCCCCCACCAAACCCACCACUCCUGGAGUAACCUUUACCAUUGACAAAGAUUUGCUGGACCAAAUCUUCAGCACUACCGAAGAAACGGGUCCAGAUCUAACAGGCCUGAUAGACGAAAGACAUCAGGAUGACUGAUAGAUUGGUGAUCUUGCUCUCUUUCAUCUAUUACAAUACAAAGUUAGAAUUGUCUGAUUUUGUAGAACAUUUAAGUACGCUUCUAAAAGCGCCACUUAAGUGAAUAGCCCACUAGCAAUGAAGUCUAUCGAAAUAAAAGUAAUAAAGUUAAUAUAAUUAUAAUGUGAUAAAUACACGCAACUAGUAAUAGUAAAGCUCUGUGAAAUGAAAAAGUAGUUUAUCAUACAUAUUUUAUGAAUUAUAACAUGAAUUACUCAUGAUGGUCAAUGAGUAUUAAUGAAACAAUCGUUAUAAUUAAUAAAAUUCCUUAAUGUGGUGCUUUUAGAGCCCUUAAUAAAUUAAUUAGCUACAAUCAAUUUCAUAAGAUAGGACAAAUUAGUAAAAUGUCAUUACCUAAUUAAUCACCCCUUAUUAUUAAUUAUUUGAGGAUAAUAAUUGCACAAAAUUUGUAUAAAUUUAGAAGCUUUGACUGACUACUUUUAUUAUACUUAGGACUUAGUUGUAGUGAACUCUCUGAAUUAUAAACUUUUGUAUCAUUAAACUUUUAAAAAUGUGG